AUGGUCAAGUUCCUCUUGGAUUGCAAUUCUAAAGGAAAUCAAGAACAGUACUUGAGAAUGCAAAAUACAAAUGGAAAUACAGUCUUGCAUGAGGCCAUGGAAAACAAUCAUGAAGAGGUGGCUCGGGUACUAGUUGCAGUAGAUCCAGAGAUGUCACACUUGGUUAACAAAGAAGGGAAGUCUCCGGCUUAUUUAGCCACAGAAGCUGGCCUUCUAAAACUUCUUGAGUAUAUGUUGGGGAUUCUUGUUCAUAGUGAUGACCUAGGAGAGUGGAGAAGAGGAAAGACACUUCUUCAUGCUGCCAUUAUCAAGAAGCAUCUGGAGGCCAUGAAAAUAGUAUUGAAGUUCAAGCCACAACCCAUCCAAGUAGGAAAUGCAAAAGGGAGGACUCCACUUCACUAUGCUGCACUCUUAAAUUUUCAUGAUGGGUUGAGGGAGUUGCUCAACAUGGAUACUUCAGCUGUCUAUCAAAGUGAUAAUAAGGGCUUCUUCCCAAUCCAUGUUGCAGCUUGUGAAGGCCACACUAAGAUUGUAAAACUUCUCAUCCAACGUUGUCCUGGUUCUUGUGAGUUGCUCACUGAAGAAGAACAAGAGAAUGCUCUUCAUGUUGCUGCUAGAAGUGGAAAAGAAGACAUGGUUGGAUAUAUUCUUACAAAUCCAAUGCUUGACAAGCUUCUAAAAGAGAAGGAGAAAGAGGGAAACACACCUUUGCAUCUCGCGGUCAUGGCCGGGCAUUAUAAAGUCGUUCAUGUUCUCACACAAGAUGUUAGAGUAAACAUGAGCCUCAGGAAUAACAAUAAAUUGACAGUCCUCAACAUAAGUGUGGCAAACCGCAUCAAGAAGGGCUCCCAUUCAACUCAAAAGGACUUGACAUGGAUGAGGUUAAUUGCUGUUGGUGCACCAGCAACAGAGGAACUAGACCUCUUUGAAACACAAGAACCACCUAAUCGGAGCGAUGUACAAGAUUAUUACAAAGAUUGGAUUGAAACCCUAAUGGUGGUUUUGACUCUUAUUCUGACGAUAACCUUCACCGCUGGUCUCGUAGUGUCCGGUGGCCUUAAUAGUGAAGGUCCAAACAAGGGUAUGGCAACAAUGCUUAGAAAGACAAUGCUUCAAGUUUGGGAAAUUAUCUAG